AUGCUGGAUGUGCCUUGUUCUGUGGACACCUCCACCGGACCCUUCACGGUGCACCAGACGACGGCUCGGCCUCAGGAAGUCUCGCGUACUCACGAGGCGUGGAUGCAAGCCUAUGUGGACCAUGCAAGAUCGCGUCCCCGCUUCAUCCCUACAGUGACGGCCUCCGGCAGAACGAAGAGAUCUCCGGAAGGUGCCGGCGCCCACGUUGGGCGGAUGACCCUGAACCCUGGGGUCACGGCUUUCUGCCUCGCUGCAGCACGGCCCUUCGAGAAUGCUAGAGAUGCGAACAUCAAGACCUAUCAGUGCGGCGUGCUGACGUUCUGCAUCCACCAGGCUUUGCAGGACCUGCAGUACCGAUGUACCUUCGAGCAGCUUCUGGAGAGAGCUGCUUGGAAAAUGGAAGACAUCCGGAACAAAUACAUGCGGAUGAUGGAUCAGACCAUCCAGAUGAGCUUCUGCCCCAACAGCGCCCCAUCUGCUGUCGUCGUAUUUGAUGCUCGCUACGCUCCCGUGGCACAGCAUCGAAUUUCGCAGCUGGCGCAGCAGCAGAACAUGUCGCCGCCUGAAAACCUUCGCAGCCCUGGGGCGCCCUCCCCAGAGCCCGUACGACAAGCCAGCACUGAGUUUGUUCCGUCUCCAGGGUACCGUGAACAACCAGAUACCAAUGCCGUGGGUGGCGAAGUGGUCGGGGUGGGCAUUGUGUAUGUGCAGCUCUUCUCCUGCAGUGACUUGAGACCUCAGGGGAUGUACGGCCAGUGCGACCCCUACGUCAAGAUGACCUGUGGCGGGGUGACGCACCAGUCCACAGUCAAGCGAAACAGCACGCACCCGACCUGGGGCGAUGAGGAGAACAAGUUCACAUUCAAGGCAUCCGAUUGCCAAGUGGAGAUGCUGUUCAUCGAGGUGCGGAACGCCGGACGGGAUGAGCUGAUCGGCCGGGUUGAUGUUCCCCUCAGGAGCUUGCCGUCCAUGACAUGGGAAGAGCGCCGGCAGUUCUUGCAGAAUGGAGGUGAGGUGGAGUUCCGGGUGGCCUUGUACCCCGAGCGCGCGGCUGCGAACCUGCGUCCUCAACCUGGCUUGGGGAUGGGCCUGGGCGGCCCCAUGGGCCCCAUGGAGCAGCAGCCUCCGCCUGCCGGCACGGGCUACCCCGAAAAGCCCCGGCCACCUUCGCCUCCGGCCCGUGACCUUGGGCCCAGCCUGAUGGGAGAGUAUGACUUGCGAGCUCCUAUGGAGCGCAGACCCAUGGACGAGGAGCCACUUCUGGAGAACAUCUUUGGCAAGCCUAACCUCUUUGCGGCUAUGCCGGACCUGAUGUCGCAGCUCUCGACAAAUGCACCGACUGGCUUCCACGAAGUGCUGCCUGCCAUCCCGCAAGUGGGGGGCCUUUCGACGCCGGCUCUGGGAGGACUCGGCACACCAGUCUCCGGCCUUCCCGCCCCAGCGUCGGCUAUGCCGGCCCCGGCUGCACCUGCGACGAGCAGGUUGGGCGUGGCAUCCUACACACCGCCUCCGGCCGCCUGCUUCACUCCGCCCUCCCUGUUGCCCACGGCGGAAGUGGGCAGAACUGCAUCUCGAGGCCUGUCCCUCGAGGGCUACUACUCUACUGGUGGGAUGGCGGCCGCGAAGAUGAACACUGCAUCCACAGCUGUGCCAACGCCCCAGGUGCCUGGGAGCUACACGUACAGCACGCCUUCUCCCUUCACCUACAGUCAGGCUCAGCCCGGUCAGAGUGCCUUGGGCUCCAAUCUCAAUGCCGCUUCCUACCCCUACAGCUCCAGCGGGACGCCUUUCACUGGUUACAGCCAGCAGAUCGUUUCAGGCCAGACAUCACAGAGUGCUUUGGGCACUGACCUGGCAUCGUACACCUACACUGCACCGAGCUACACCACCUCUGCAGCUCCCGCAUCGUUGACUAGCUACACCCCGCAGGGCCAAAUUAUUGGCACGACGGCGCAGAAGGCAUUGAACGCGGAUCUCAGUGCGGGUGCCUAUGCCUACACCUCCGCUCCCACGGCCUUGUUCACUGGUUACAGCCAGCCAGGACAAAGCACAGGUGCAUCUCCGGAAAGAGAAAUGAGCGCUGGUGGGUGCUCUCAAAGUUACGCUGACAACAGCCGUAGUUGCAAUAUUGCCUGUUCUGGUUGA